UUUAUGCUAGCUUUGUUAUGCUUAAUAUUACUAGAGUCAGUAAUAAUACUUAAUUCUACAAAGUAACACUAAAUGUGAAUUAAACUGUUUAUUUACAAUGGUGGUAUGAGUACUCGUUUAACCGGAUUUAUAGAAUUGUAAGCUAUUUGUGUUUGUGCACACGUGCAUAGGUCACGAAUGGCACGUUCAGGAACAGUGACUCCGAUGAGUGUUGGUGCUAUUUCUUUACACUCUGAUGCAACAUCUAGCACACAAGGGCUCUCCGACGACCCGAGGGCAAAGCUCAUGUAUUACAUUGACAAAGUGUGUGGAGUCCUUAACUUGCGAGGGAUCGAUCCUUCAUUGGACAGGUACAUGGCGUACCACAAUUACAGAUCUGUAGACAAAAGCAAUCUGGACCAACUGUUGAUCCUGGCCAAUGCGUUUAGACCUCGUAGACUGCUUGGUAGUUGUCUCUUCAUCAAUAAUCAAAUAUGCGAUAAAGCCGGUUUUACAACGAUGACAUUUCCAAAAGUACCACGAAUAGAAAGACGGUUCAACAUCGAUGCAGACUUUGUGGAUAUUCCCACAGUGGGAAGGAUUGAAAUUACCAAAGUAAUGGUUGUGAAAACUUCUUGGUUAAGAUACACGUUCAAUGUGCCAUACGCAAUAAUAGAGCAACAGCUUCAGCGCUUUUGUCUAGAAGAGGAGGUAGAGGAAGAAGAGGAAGAGAUGGAGAAAGAUGAAGAUAAAGAAGACGAAGAUCGUAGUCGUCGCGAUGAUCUCAAGAAGAAACUUGACAAAGCGUGCUGUGUUUGCAUUAUGUGCUAAUACAUAAUGCUGCGAAAAUGUUUCUUAACAAAGUAAUUUCAGACUGAUUUUUGUUGAAAUAUAAUGAAUACUGCUCAGAUAAUAUGUUCAUUAGUAAUAUAUGUGUUGUGUUGUU